AUGGCAAUUCUGAAAGCCGUAAAAUAUGUAGCUGACAAAAACUACAAAGCACUUUUUAACAUACUGAGUGACUCAAGAUCAGCAAUUCAAACUAUUUGUGAUCCAUCUUCCCUGAAUCCCAUCGCUGCUGAAAUCCGAGGAAAAAUAAUGUCUAUGGAACACAACAAAGCAAAAAUAAUGCUAUACUGGAUAAAUACACACAAUGGAAUUCAAGGCAAUGAGAAGGCGGAUGUAUUAGUCAAGCGAGCUGCUCUUAAAAACAAACAAAGACCAGCAUAUGACAGAGUCCCAUUGUCCUAUGCAAAACGACUUGCAAAGUGGAGUCCCUGCUCUCUGCAAGUCUGGCAAAAGAGAUAUGAAGCAUCUCCUAUCAGUAAUCUAACGAAGAUCUUUUUCCCCGACAUACUGAUAGCAUAUAAAAUAAUAAAAAAUAUAAAAAAGACACAUUUAACUACCCAAUUGUUCACCGGUCAUGGUGUAAACAAAGCGUAUUUAUACAAGUAUAAGCUCUCGUCAUCCCCAGGCUGCAUUUGUGAUGAAAACUUAGAACAAACCGUAGAGCAUUUACUAAUUGACUGCCCUCGCUUUAGCAAAACCAGUUUUGAAUCCGAAUGCAGCAUGGGAGUGACAAUCAAAAAAGAUAAUUUAAGUAUAAUAAUGCAGGACAACAAUUGCCGAACUAUAUUCAUGAAAUUUGCACUUAGAGUAUUGAGAAUUAUAAGCAAGGAAAAUGGAAGUAAACAUAUAGAUUAA